AUGCUUGAGAUCUUGACCCCUACUAGGGAGCACGUGGCUUUGGGUGGCACGAUCCUGACACUCGUUGCUUUCAUUCUGCGCAGUAUAUAUCGCCUGUUUUUCGAUUCGCUGCAUCAUAUUCCCGGCCCAAAGCUAGCUGCGAUCUCCCAUCUGUAUGAAUUUUACUACGAUGUCAUCUGCGAGGGCAUGUUCGUGUGGGAAAUCGAAAGGAUGCACCAGAGAUAUGGACCCAUCGUGCGAAUCAAUCCCCGCGAGGUGCACAUCAAGGAUCCCUCUUUCUACGACGAGAUCUAUGCUCCGGCCACGGGGAUGCGGGACAAGGAUCCCAAGUCCGUCCACAUCUUCAGUGCACCAGGCGCGAUGGUCUCCACCGUGGGACAUCACACGCAUCGCAGGCGCCGACGGAUCCUCACCUCGUUCUUCUCGCGACGGGCGAUCGAGGGGAUCGAGCUGACGAUCCAGGCGUCGCUCCAACAAUUCCUUAACGCCCUCGCCAUUGCCCAUAGAGAGGGGAGAGUGCUCGACUUGAUCGACCGACUGCAGGGGCUGACCGGCGACCUCAUCACGCAGUAUGCAUACGGCACCAGCUACGAGCUCCAGGCGGAGGAGAACAUUGGCAAGGGAAUCGUCAAGGUGGUUCAGGAGGGGACCGACCAGAUCCACCUGCAGCGGUUCUUCCCCUUGAUGGGCACUCUUCUACGCUUGAUUCCCUCGUGGUUCAUGGCGCGGGUCUUUCCCGCCCGAGCCCGGGUCUAUGAUCUGUUGGAGGGGGUGCGAGAACAGUCUCUGGCCGCGCUGGAAUCGAGAAGCACCGUCCAGGAGCCCGGCGGUGCCGCCAAAGCGAUCACCAUGUUUCAUGCUCUCACUGAUCCAGAGGUUCCGCCGGAGGAACGGACGCUGCAGCGCCUCGAGGAUGAGGGAUUGGUGCUAUUUGCCGCUGGUACUGAGACGACGGCGACGACGCUCUCUGUGGCCAUCUUCCAUGUUCUGAAUGAUCCAGCGGUCUUUCGCAAACUCCGCUCUGAACUCAAGCAGAUCAUGCCCACUCCGCAUCAUCCGGUCACAUGGCGCCAGCUUGAGAAGCUGCCAUACUUGACAGCAGUUAUUCACGAAGCUCUCCGCCUUUCCGGGAUUGUGAUGCGGCAACAGAGGAUCUCGCCGAUAGAGGUACUGAGGUACAAAGACUGCGUCAUUCCACCAGGGACACCUGUCAGCACGAUCGCAUACUUCGUGCACAGAGAUCCCUCCCUAUUCCCCGAUCCGGAGAGAUUUCACCCGGAACGAUGGAUCCUCGCCGCGGAGCGGAAAGAAGGUCUUUUACGCUAUCUGGUGACAUUUGGCAGGGGCAAUCGGGCCUGUCUAGGGAUGAACCUAGCCUACGCGGAACUGUACAAUGUCUUGGCUACGGUGAUUCGUCGAUUUGAUCUGGAACUCUACGAGACUACGAGGGAGGAUGUCCGCUUUGUGCGGGACAAAUUGCUACCGCGGGGCAGGGAUGGGCCAUGGCGUGUGCGAGUCAAGGUGGCUGGGAUUGUUGAAGAAUAG